CCCAGGAUGUCCCCCCCCCGCUCCGGGAUCCCCCGCUCAGGACCCUGCGGGAUCCCCCGGGAUUCUCCCACCGCCCCCGGGCCCGCCGGAGCUCGGAGCAGGACCCGGAGCGUUGGGGGCAGCCCCGCAGGCCGGCUGCUAACUCACUGCAGCGGGGCUGUGCUUCCCCCUCCCCAGCCGCCGCUUCGAGGGGCUGAAGCCUCUUUUCUGCAACCCCAUCAAACAAUUUUCCGUUCCUGGAGAGUGGCGUUUCAGUAGCAGAGGUGGUUCGAAGCAGCUGGGGCUUCCUGCCCUCCUCCGGCUCGGUGGGGAAGCCCCUGCUCAGUCUUAAAUCAAACCUACAGCUAAUUAUUCUGAGGCUGAGGAGCGUGGGAGCAGGUCAGCUGAAUUCCCCUGCAAGCAAGAAAACUUCCCGAAGCCUCUCACAGCCUCGUCAUGGGUUUCCGCUCCCCCGGAGCCCAGCAGCCAGCACCCCAGCACCGAGCUGGGGUGGUUGGUCACAACAUUUCAGUGCUCAGACUGACCCUGUGUGGGGUUCAAGAGCCAGAAUGUUUAAUUCUGUGACAAGCGGGAGUGUGUGGUGGGGGCCGGUGGCUCCGCAUGGACAGAGCUAAGGGUAACACGUGCUGGGUGCUGCCAGCUGUGGGUUGAAGCAGCCACAGCUGCCCCACGCCACCAGUGGGGAUGCUCCAAGGGAUGCCACGGGGUCUGAGCCCACCUUCCCCCCUGCCCCAGGCCCUGCAGCUGGGGACGGUGCUGGUGGGAUCCCCCACGCAGGACGGGACCAUCUCCAUCCUCACCACCACGGCGGAGGCGGAUGAACCCCACAGGGUGCAGUUCCCAGCUCCCCGCCAAGGCAGCCCUCUGAGCCCGGGGCAGCCUCGCUGGGCCAACUACGUCAAGGGCGUCAUCCAGCACUACAGGGGUGGUCCUGUGCCAGGCUUCAGCGCCGUGAUAGCCAGUGACAUCCCCCUGGGUGGGGGCCUCUCCAGCUCGGCCGCUCUGGAGGUGGCUACUUACACCUUCCUCCAGCAGCUCUGCCCUGAUGACGGUGAUUUGGUAGCCAAGGCACUGGCAUGCCAGAAAGCAGAGCACACAUUUGCCGGCAUGCCCUGUGGGAUCAUGGACCAGUUCAUAUCUGUGAUGGGCAAGGAAGGCCACGCGCUGCUCAUUGACUGCAGGUCCCUGGAGACUGUCCUUGUCCCACUGACCGAUGCCAGCUUGGCUGUCCUCAUCACCAACUCCAACGUGCGGCACACACUGACAGGCAGCGAGUACCCCACACGCCGGCGGCAGUGUGAGGAGGCGGCAGCGGCUCUCGGCAAAGCCAGCCUGCGAGAUGCCACCAUGGCUGAGCUGGAAGCAUCCCGCAAACCUGAGCAGCUUUGCUGCAGGGGCAUGCAUGUCUCCGCAGCGGCCAGGAGCCAGCUGAGCGAGGAGGUGUAUCGGCGGGCCAGGCACGUCAUCGGCGAGAUAGCACGGACAGCCCAGGCAGCGCAAGCACUGCAGGGCAGGGACUACAGGACAUUUGGGAGACUGAUGGUGGAGAGUCACAACUCCCUGAGGGAUGACUACGAAGUGAGCUGCCCAGAGCUGGAUGAGCUGGUAGCAGCAGCCCUGGAGGUCGAUGGGGUUUAUGGCAGCAGGAUGACCGGGGGAGGCUUUGGAGGCUGCACGGUGACGCUGCUGGAGGCUGGGGCUGCAGAGAGAGCCCAGCACCACAUCCAGGAGAAAUACAGCGGCACAGCCACCUUCUACCUCACCAAACCCUCUGGAGGGGCAAAGGCGCUGCCCCUGUAGAGGAGCGACCACCUCGCCUGGGCUGGGAUCGCCUCCCUGAGAGAGGCACCUGCUUUCCUCCCUUCGCAAAGGAUUCAAUCUGUCUGCAGCAUUUGCCUAAUAAACGCAAAACAUUUUCACGGUUGGUUCUGCACCCACCUGAGCCAAACUCUGAUGCCAAAGUCAUUGAGGACCUUUCCUCAGAGGAGACUGGUUUAACUCCAGUUUGCACUGGUGUAAUGAGCCAUUACCAGGGAUGCAGUAGUGCCUCUGGAGCUGCAGCUGCAGAAGCCCCAGUUUGGGUAUCCGCUGCUGGCAUGUGUCCUUCAUCUU